CCGAUGAACCCCACAAUUCAUAGAUCAAUUCCUGACUUCACUUGUCUUUCUUUCCAUUCAUCCUCAUCCAUUUCCUCUCUCUUGUACAUGUUCCCAUUUUAAUCCAAAAUCCAAUCCAAUUGAAAACGAUGACGACGACGACGACGAUCCAAGACCUCCCGGACGCGGUCCUAGCUCACAUAAUAUCCCUCCUAUCCGACACCCGCACUCGCAACUCCACCUCCCUGGUGAGCCUAAAGUGGCGCGCUCUCGAACGCCUUACCCGGUCCCACCUUUCCCUCCGCGGCAACAUCCGGCACCUCCUCUUCCACCUCCCCACCUGCUUCUCCGCCGUCUCCCACCUUGACAUCUCCUCACUCUCGCCCUGGGGCAUCUCCCUCCACCCCAACAUCAUCUCCACCGCAACCAAUGAUCACAACAACGCUUCUUUGCUGCUUGCUCACCGUCUUCGUCUCGCUUUUCCAGCUGUCACCUCACUCACUCUCUACUCCCGCUACCCUUGUACGCUGUCGCUGCUGUCGCCGUUGUUCGAUUUGAUCGAGGAUGUAAAGCUCAUUCGGUGGCAUCAGAGGCCUAAUAACAUCCCACUUGGGUCGGAUUUCUUUGUGUUGUUUCAGAAUUGUGGCCGUCUUAAGUCUGUUGAUUUGUCGUCUUUUUACUACUGGACUGAGGAUCUUAUGUCGGCUCUUGAGGCUCAUCCCAGAAUUGGGGUUAAUUUGGUGGUUUUGAAUUUGCUCAAUUUUUCGUUGUCCGAGGGGUUUAAGUCGCAGGAGGUUGUGGAUGUUACUAGGGCGUGUCCUAAUUUGAGGGAUUUUAGGGUUGGUUGUGUGUUUUAUCCAAGGUAUAUUGGGUUUCUUGGGGACGAUGCGCUUUCGGCGAUUUCGUCCAAUUGUAAGGAGCUUAGGGUUCUUCAUCUUGCGGAUAUAGCUCAGGGUGAUCGAGAAUUUGAUGAUCAAGGGUUUUGUAGGGAGGAUGCUGGGCUUACUGUUCAGGGCAUUGUGAGUUUUUUUACUGGGUUGAUGUUGGUUGAGGAGUUGGUGUUGGAUGUAUGGCGGAAUGUGAGAGGGAGUUGGGUGUGUUUGGAAGCUUUGGCUUCGAGGUGUCCGAAUUUGAGGUCACUUGAGUUGGGAUGUUUUCAUGGGAUUUGUAAGGCCAUUGAGUCUCACUUGGAUGGGAUUGCCCUUUGUCAAGGGCUUGAGUCGUUAACGAUUAAGAACUCGGCUGAUUUGACUGAUUUCGGGUUGAUUGCCAUUGGGAGGGGUUGCUCCAAACUUACUAAGUUUGAGGUGAUUGGAUGUAAGAAGAUCACUAUGAGGGGAUUGAGGACAAUGGUGUGCUUGCUUAAGAGGACACUAGUUGAAGUCAAAAUUUCGGGUUGUAAGUAUCUUGAUGCCUCUGCUUCGUUAAAAGCUGUGGAGCCUAUAAGGGGAAGGAUUAGGAGACUCCACAUUGAUUGUGUUUGGAACGGUGAGAAACCCGAGUACGAGGAAGAGGUAACCGUGUUAGGUGUUGAUUAUAACCAUAAGUAUGAAGGCAAGGAUGAUGAGGAAGAAAAUAGUAGAAUGAGAAAGAGGACCAAGGUUUCAUGGGAUAUUGAGAGCUGGUUCAUGGGCAACAUGGAAGGUAGCACUGGCAAUGGAUAUAUUACUGAGACUUGGGGACGUCUUGAGUUUCUAUCACUGUGGAUUGGAGUUGGAGAGCUUUUGACACCAUUGGCCAAUGCAGGACUGGAGGAUUGCCCCAAGCUAAGGGAAAUUCAUAUCAAAGUAGAAGGAGAUUGUCGAGAAAGGCCAAAGCCAUCACAGGGAGCAUUUGGGAUCAGCUCGCUUGGGCGAUAUCCAAUGUUGUCGAAGAUGAAGCUCGAUUGUGGGGAUACUAUAGGUUAUGCGUUGACAGCUCCGUCCGGGCACAUGGACCUUAGCCUAUGGGAGAGAUGGUUCUUGACUGACUUAAGGAGUUUGAGGCUUAAUGAGCUCGAUUAUUGGCCUCCACAAGAUAGGGAAGUCAAUCAACGGAGUCUGUCACUUCCAGCAGCUGGGCUACUUCAAGAGUGUGAUACAUUAAGGAAGCUCUUUAUUCAUGGAACUACUCAUGAGCAUUUUAUGUUGUUUUUCCUUAAAAUUCCAAACCUGAGAGAUGUUCAGCUGAGAGGGGAUUACUACCCAGCCCCAGAGAAUGAUAUGAGCACCGAGAUGAGAGUUGAUUCAUGUUGUCGAUUUGAGUACAAGUUGAAUGAACGUGACAUUCCUGAUUGAUUUUUCUUUUAGAGCUUUGUUUAGGUGCAAUUCAAUUUUGCUCUGUUUUCUCGAAAAAAAAAAAAAAAAAGUUGCUCUGUUCUCUCUCCUCUAUACUCUCGUCCUCCCUGCUCCUAGGUUACUUCCUCUCCUAAGCCUACCAGCGACUGCAGCUUUCAAGCUAACAAUGGCAGAAGGUUGAAUGGGCUCUGCUUAAUUUACUUAAGGCAUCUUAGCUGACUGAAGAUUCAAGUAAAAGGUGGAAAUAAGAAGUAAAAUUUGAGAUCUGGCACCAUAAGUUCCCUGUAUUGUUCUUUUUAUUUAGUUGCUCGUGCUUAGCUCAGCUUUGGUGACCUAAUCAUGGUUAGCUCAGUUUAGCCCGCUGUUUAUGAUGUUGCUCAGGUACCGUUGUUUAAGUUUGUGGUUGAUUCCAAAUUGUUGAAUUUGUUCUUAUAUAUCAGUGAAGACUGAAGACACAGUUGGCAAUGAUUUUGAUGGUGGCAUGUUAGACAUGUUAAACCAGGUGACACACCAUCCAUUUUAUAUUAAUGAGUUACAUACAUGAAUGGAGUUAUUAUUUAUGGUUUUGAAUGACAUAGGGUAUGUUAGCUCCAUCUCCAUCCUGGAAUAAUGAUGUUCAUGGUGAUGGUGAUCGUGGUGUUCAAUUCAUGAAUGCAAACUUUAAUUAUGGUGGUGAAUCCCCACGAGAGUUCUUCCAAGACCAAGAGGAUGAAUUCAUCCAAAGGAAUGGUGUUGAAUGGGAUUGAUCUAUGUACUUCGAAGACUUUGCAUUAUUGUCAUAGUAUUAUUGUUAUUGUUAUAGUGUUAGGAUAUGGAUGAGUAUGUAGGUUAAGUACAGGAACCCGUUUUAUUAGCAAACUGUAGUCUACUGUGUAGGAAAAAUGAUUCAAGACAAUUUCUAAUGACAAUAAAAAUAAUUUAGUGAGUAAAAAUAAUUUAGUGACUUUUAAAUAAUGUAAUUUUUUAAAAACGAAUUAUGUUAUCUUUA